UUAGAAAAGAAAAAAAAUAACAACAGAAAAUUUAAGGAAAUAAAAAAAUUAAUAAACAAACAUUAAUUAAAAAAAAUGUUAAAGAUUGUAACGCCUUACCUGACAAAUUCAGAACCUACAACAAAAUGUGGGGAAAUAUUUUGUGAUCAUUUAAAAAAUGUCACUAUAAGCUGUUCUUUUUGCCAAAUUAAACUAUUUACUUAUCAAGAUUUUCUGCUGCACAUAGAAAAUGAACAUUUUGAAAACAUAACGAUCGAAUCUAAUGAAUUUAGUGAAAAUGAAGAAUUAAAUGUUGAAAACAGUGAUGAUCAGUUCGAAACAUUGGAAUGCUGUGAAAUUUUAUAUGACUACAAAGAAAAUGAUGAAGAGAAUAAUAAUAGUUCUGAAGAAGAAGAAGAAAAUCUGAAUGUAACGAAUAUCGAAACUAUAAUUAGCAAGACAAUAGAUGAAGAACAAAAUCACUCGGAAGAGUCUUCACAACUUUCAAAUAUUAGGGAAAGUGAUGAUGUAGCCUCUUCUAAACAAAAAGAAAUUGAAACAUGUCCAGAUUGCCAAGAAAUAUUUUUGCUUAAAAAAGAAUAUAAUCAGCACGUUGUGGAGCAACAUAAUGGACAUAAAUGUCCUAAAUGCAUAAUGCGCUUUCGACAUCGUCAUCACCUUAAACGACACCUACAAAAUACACACGACAAGGGAAAAACGAAUGUGAGAUUUCCGCAAAGAGUUAACUGUCCCCACCCAGAUUGUCCAAAAAGUUUUCGUUUUCAAGAUGCCCUUAACUAUCAUCUAGAAUUCCAUACAAUGAAAUGUACUUUCGUAUGUGAUUUUGAAAAUUGCACCAAAGUCUUUCCAUCUCAACAGCGUUUAGAGCAGCACCAAGAGAAACACACUACGGCACGAACGUUUGUAUGUGAUUAUGAAAAUUGCAACAAAGCUUACCUGAAUAAACGUAAUCUAGAUGAGCACCGGGAGACACAUGCCACAGCAAAAAGAUAUAUUUGUGAUAAUUGCGGUUAUAGCUGUAGUAAUACUACCACUUUGAAAAUUCAUAAACGUAUACAUACGGGCGAAAGACCUUUUCCAUGUAAGAUAUGCGAAAAAUCCUUUAUCUCUCAGGCCAGACUGUACUUGCAUAUGAAUACACAUGCUGACAUACGUCCACAUGUUUGUCAGAUAUGUCAGGCCACAUUUGCUAAUCGGGGUACAAUGAAACGGCAUUCUCUUAUACAUUCUGAAGAGAAAUUAUUUAAAUGUCCGUUAUGUGAUAAAGCUUUUAAGCAACCAAAUGGCUUGCAUGGUCAUAUGAGAGGUGUUCAUGGGGAACCCAAACCAAAAAACAAAAAAAAAAUGUUAAAGAUUUUACCGCCUUGCACGCUUAGUUCACAAACGUCAACAAAAUGCGGGGAAAUAUUUUGUGAUCCUUUAAAAAAUGUCACUAUUUGUUGUUGUUUUUGUCAAAUUAAACUAUUUGAUUACGAAGAUUUCCUGAAUCACAUACAAAAUGAGCAUUUUGAAAACAUAGCAAUAGAGUCUAAUGAAUUUGAAGAUAAUGAAGAGUUUAAUUCUAUUGAAAUUGAAGACAAUGACAAUUUAAAUUCGAAUGAAAUUGAAGAUAAUGAAGAUUAUAACUCGAAUGAAAUUGAAGAAAAUGAAGAUUAUAACUCGAAUGAAGAUAACGCAGAGGUUGAGGUGGAAAAUAGUGAUGUUUUGGAAACAUUGGAAUGUUGUGAAAUUUUAUAUGACUUAGAAGAUAAUGGUGGAGAGGAGCAUAGUUUUGAAGAUGAAUCAAUGGAUGUUGAAACUGUAAUUAUCGAUACAAUAGAGAAAGUUGAAGAUCACACGGAAGAGCCGUCAUUACAUUCUCCUAAAAAUGAAAUAGAUGAACCUGACUCUCCUAAACAGAAAAAUGCUGAAUCUUCAAUUUGUCCCGAUUGCAAAGAGUUAUUUUUACUUAAAAAAGACUAUGAUCAGCAUGUUGUGGAACAACAUGGUGGACAUAAAUGUUCCAAAUGCGAUAUGCGCUUUCGUCAUCGACAUCACCUUAAACGGCACAUACAAAAUAUACAUGACAAGGGUAAAACGCAUAUUAAAUUUAAACAGAGAGUGAAUUGCCCUUAUCCAGAUUGUCCGAAAAGUUUUAGUUUUCAAGAAUCUCUUAACUAUCAUCUAGAAUUCCAUACUAUGAAAUGUACUUUUGUGUGUGAUUUUGAGAAUUGUACCAAGGCAUUCCCAUCUCAACAACGUUUGGAGCAACACCAAGAAAAGCAUAAUAUGACACGAAAAUUUGUUUGUGAUUUCGAAAAUUGCGGCAAAGCUUAUCUCAGCAAUCAAAGUCUUAAGGCCCACAAGGAGAUACAUGCCCCAGCAAAAAGGUAUAUUUGUGAUAAUUGCGGUUAUAGUUGUAGUACAUCUACCGCUUUGAAAAUUCACAAACGUACACAUACGGGCGAAAGGCCUUUUACUUGUAAGAUAUGUGAAAAAUCCUUCACUUCUCAGGCAACUCUACAUUAUCAUACAAAUACACAUGUCACCAUACGUCCACAUGUUUGUGAGAUAUGUCAGGCUACAUUUACUAAUCGGCAUACAAUGAAACGUCAUUUACUUAUACAUUCGGAAAAGAAAUUAUUUAAAUGUCAGUUAUGCGAUAAAGCUUUUAAACAACCUCAAUGCUUGGAUGGUCAUAUGAGAGGUGUACAUUGGGAACCCAAACCAAAAAAGGUCAAAAAUUUUAAAAGUAUUUCAAAUUCCAGCGAAACAACAACAACAUUGUGAAUAAAGAUGGGGGGUUAAGAGAACAAUUACAAUAUUUUUGUUUUUAUUAUUAUUUGACAACUGUUAACGAAACAACUUUACAGCUGUUGAGUUAACAUCAUCUUAUACUAGAUUAGCCUUGUGUAUAUUGUGAAUGAUUUUUUGUAUUUUUUUUUGUAAACAAACAAAAAUUGUAAUUGUUUAACUAAAAAUAUAAUAAAAAUAAAUAAAAUUAAAAAAAA